AUGAGGGUUAAUUCUCUAGUUGUUAUAUUCCUGGGACUUUGCAGCUUGCAACAUGUAACAGAAGCUUUAAUUCCUCUUGUAGCAGGAGCUUUAGCUCUUACCUCAGCUCAGUUGACGGGAUUAGCUACCAUUGCAAUUAUUCUGGGUUUAAAUGUUGCUGUACGAGGAGGAUUAGCUUUGUCUUCUACUGGACGUAAGAGACGAGCAGCUAGGGAAGCUGCUACAGAUCAGAUUGUUAAAGGAAACAUUACUGUUGAUACAUUGGCUGCUCUUGAACCUGAAGACUGCUUCCAGAGAUUAUUCUGCUCCGCAGCUACAAGGAGGUUAGAGAAUGAACUACUGGAGAAAAGUUUAAACCUGGUUGACCAGGCUAUCCAAGUAGACCCAGAGAACCAGAAUACUCUCAAAUAUAAAUCUGCAGCAGGAUUCGGAGAGACAAGGAAAAAUGUUGACGAGUGUGAAGAGAAGUUUUAUUGCUCUGUUUCCGUUGAAAUUUUGCAACUCUUAUUCCAAGAAUAAUUCAGGAAAUUUAAAUUUUUGCACGGAAUUUUCCGGAAAAAAAAAUUUAAUAUUUUUUACCAGGUCGCAUGAUAGAUUGGAGACUUGCUCGAACAUUAACUACAAAUAUAAAUAGUUAAAUCCAUUUGUUAAAAGUUUAUUCUUUAUUCUGAGAGAAUUAAUAUUUCGUUGUCAAAAUUAUAAAUUUUAACACGACCCCCCCCCAUAGUAUUUUUUAAGACAAUACGUCUUUAAGAGAAACCUACUUAUAUUUUUGACAUCUUGAUUUUUACCACAGUUUAGUAUGCAAGUAAGAAAAACUCAGACAUGUUUUUAGAAUUGAAAAUAAUUUAUAAAUACAAUGUGUCCAAAAAAAUAAUACAAACAUCAAAUGUAUGUGUCUUUUAUAAGAGACAAUGUGAUCUUUACUUUAUCAUGUUUAUUGGGACACCCAGUAAUUAAAAAAGACAGUUGAACAAAAAAAGGUUUAUUUAACCUACUUCUGACCUUUAGUGUAUUCUUCAUUAUAAUUUGUUAAAUUAGCGUUAUUUAUUUAUUUAU